CGUGUCACAUUCACACUCGAAGAAGUCCAAAGACACCUGUCAAAUACUAUGAAAGUAUUCUUACAUUUGCAAGGGUUUGGUUACUGUAUUUUUCUUUUGGAAGACAAUGCUUAGUGGUAUGUAAGUCCAGCAGUCGGAGGUUAAGAUGAUAAGAUUUAAUGGAUCAUGAGAACAAGGAGAUGAUCGAACAGUUCCUGUACGCCCACAUUACAUCUGAUUUUCUGACCGAAACGGACGAUUUAACUGAUUUCUAAUUCUGUGUCACAAUGUAAAACACUUGUAAACUCACAAGAUGGAAGUCCCUCUUAUAUCUUCAACGCAGAAGAUUGUGUUGUAUGAAACGAAAGCGAGGUUUUAUCUAGUGGGCUCCAACAACAAUGAGACCAAGUUCAGAGUGUUAAAGAUUGAUAGAACCGAGCCUAGAGAAUUGGCAAUUCAUGAUGACAAGGUGGAAUAUACGCAGGGUGAGAUUAAAAAUCUCUUGACGAUGAUCUAUCAUGGCAACAAAACACGCAUGUCCCAGCGCAGUAACAAUGGCAUGAGUCGGUCUGUGUCAGCCUAUGGAAUUGUGGGUUUUGUCCGCUUUUUGGAAGGUUAUUAUAUCAUUCUCAUCACGAAAAGGAGGAAAAUUGCUCUGAUUGGAUCCCACACUGUAUACAAAGUGGAAGACACGAGUAUGAUCUACAUCCCUAAUGAGACAGUACGAGUUAUCCAUCCAGACGAAAGCAGAUAUGAGAAGCUCUUUCAGAAUGUUGACUUGUCAAGCAAUUUCUACUUCAGUUACAGCUAUGACCUGACACACACCUUACAGUACAACAUGAUGCCCAGUCAAAUCUCCAUAGUUCCUGAGUCUGCAGAAAAGAAAGACAACACCCGACUAUAUUUCUUUGAUGAUUCCACUGAUGGUGAGCUUUUCGAAAACCGACAAGCAGGAAUGCCAGCUAAAAUCGAGGCAGAGUCAAGUGGACCAAUCGAGGACCCUGGACAGACAUUCCAAGACUUUAUAUCUUUGGAGAACGCAGAUGACUCCUACCUUCCUUUCCAAAAUGUCAUGGCGAAUCAGCCACUAGAUGAAAGUAUAGAACAGGAUACGCCUGUGUAUGGUGUGAAGAAUGAGCCUUAUGUCAAGUUCACCUGGAACAUGCAUCUGCUGGACAAGUUCUCAGACGUCGUCCAUUCUGAUUGGGUGUUACAUCUCAUCCAUGGCUUCAUUGGCCAAUCAUGUGUGUCUAUCUUUGGCAAACCAAUCUAUGUGACACUGAUUGCCAGAAGGUCAAACAAGUUUGCCGGUACUCGUUUUCUAAAGAGGGGAGCCAAUUGUGAGGGUGCUGUAGCCAAUGAGGUUGAGACAGAGCAAAUUGUGCUGGAUGCCUCAGAGACCUUUCUGUCGACAGGUCGUGUGACAUCUUUUGUUCAGCUCCGAGGCUCCAUACCACUCUUCUGGUCGCAGGAUAUCUCCAGCAUGAUGCCAAAACCUCCAAUAAUGUUGGAUCAGGCUGACCCAUUUGCCUAUGUGGCAGGGCUACAUUUUAAUGACUGCACAAGGAGAUAUGGAGCUCCUAUUAUUGUCCUCAACCUAGUCAAGACCCGUGAGAAGAAGCGCCAUGAGAGUAUACUGAGUGGAGAGUACCGUGAAGCCAUAGAAUACCUGAACCAGUUCCUGCCUCCUGAACACAACAUACAGUAUAUAGGAUUUGACAUGGCCAGGAUUAACAAGAGGAAGGACUCUAAUGUUCUGGUACGGCUGGGAAAGAUUGCAAAGUACUCCCUGAAGCGGACAGGGUUUUAUUUCCAUGGGGUAAAUCAUACAGACACAGAGAUGUGGAACGAUGAACACCUGGCAGGUAUUCAGGGCUUCAAAACCUCGUAUGGGUUAAGGCAGACAGGUGUGGUGAGGACGAACUGUGUGGACUGUCUGGACAGAACCAACACGGCUCAGUUUGCUGUGGGCAAGUGUGCCCUGGGCUAUCAAUUGUAUGCCCUGGGGGUGGUAUCAGAGCCAAUGCUGGAGUUUGAUACAGACUGUGUCAGGUUGUUAGAAGAGCUGUAUGAGGACCAGGGGGACACACUUGCCCUCCAGUAUGGCGGCUCUCACCUGGUGCACAGGAUCAAAGGCUACAGGAAGAUAGCUCCGUGGACCUCCCACUCCCUGGACAUCAUGAGGACUUUGUCACGCUACUACAGCAAUGCUUUCUCAGAUGCUGAUAAACAGCAUGCGAUCAAUUUGUUUCUGGGUGUCUUCAAGCCUCAGGAUGGCAAGUUGAAUCUGUGGGAGAUGUCAACGGAUUACUAUCUACAUAACAGGCAGGCCACCAACGGGAAAGCUUGGAUGAGGAAAAGCUAUUCACAGUGGUGGGAUUCUCCAAUUCCCAAGGUUUUGCCCCUACCUUAUGAUGAAGAGGCUAAGGGCUCAGAGGGUAAGCAGAUGGUAAUAAAGACUCACAAGAACGACGAGAAAGUGAGUGGUUACUGGGACUACUACAAGCCUUAUGAGCUUACCUCCAUGGAUGAACUCUUCAGCUUCACCAUACCCAGCUCUGUCAAAAACUUCAUGCCUAAGACAGCACAAAAUUUCAGUCCAUUUUCUCGUCGAAUUCGACCAGAUCGAAGACAUGAUGAAACUGGAUUUGCUUCUUUCAACUCCCAUCUUGGAAGCACAAUACUGAGUAUCUAUAAUAGUACUACAGGCAUGGAAGCGAACCCAAAUGUCAGUGGCAAGGAGUCGACAGCUUCCAACACGUCCACGGGGUCAGAGGGUAGCAGCUCUAGCUCUUCGGACAGCUCUGAUGUGGACGCGGACAUAGACUUGUCCGAUUCCACUGAGACAUCUUUCUCGGAUCACGACUCGCACUUUGUCUCUCUCAAGGAUCUUCCCUGCAGCAAAGAAGUUUAUGACUUUGAAAUCUCUAAUCCAUCGAGGCGAGUUGAAAGCUGUUUUAGGAGGUAUGUUGAAUUUGAAGAGGCAUCAAAGAGAGAACCUGAACCAAGUAAAAGAGGGAUUGAGCUGUACCCUAUCAGCGCUUUCAAGCUGGACAGCUCGUACUGUGUUGAGCCUCCACCAGUGAGCCGGCAGUCCAAGGACAUCUACAACGCAUACAUCUUACGGGGGAAAUAUGGACCCGGCCCACCCACGGACCAAGAUAUGAAGAUGUACAGACAGUAUGUCAGCAGCAAGUACAAGUGAAUAUAGGGUAAUCACAGACUGUACACCUCCCACAGACUAGGAUGUGAUGAUGUACAGACAGUAUGUCAGCAGCAAGUACAUUUGAAUAUAGUGUAAUUAGACUGUACACCUUCCACAGACCAGGAUAUGAUGUACAUGCAGUAUGUCUGCAGCAAGUACAUGUGAAUAUAGGGUAAUCACAGAGUAUAUACCUCCCACAGACCAGGAUAUGAUGUUGUACAGGCAGUAUGUCUGCAGCAAGUACAUGUGAAUAUAGUGUAAUUAGACUGUACACCUUCCACAGGCCAGGAUAUGAUGCACAGACAGUAUGUCAGCAGCAAGUACUUUUGAAUAUAGGGUAAUCACAGACUGUACACCUGCCACAGGCCAGGAUAUGAUGUUGUACAACCAGCAUGUACAAGUGAAUAUAGGGUAAUCACAGACUGUACACCUCCCACACCCCAGGAUAUGAUGUUGUAUAGGCAGCAUGUCUGCAGCAUGUACAUGUGAAUAUAGGGUAAUCACAGACUGUACACCUCCCACAGACCAGGAUAUGAUGUUGUACAGGCAGUAUGUCUGCAUCAAGUACAUGUGAAUAUAGUGUAAUUAGACUGUACACCUUCCACAGACCAGGAUAUGAUGUACAGGCAGUAUGUCUGCAGCAAGUACAUGUGAAUAUAGGGUAAUCACAGACUGUACACCUCCCACAGACCAGGAUAUGAUGUUGUACAGGCAGUAUGUCUGCAGCAAGUACAUGUGAAUAUAGUGUAAUUAGACUGUACACCUUCCACAGACCAGGAUAUGAUGUACAGGCAGUAUGUCUGCAGCAAGUACAUGUGAAUAUAGGGUAAUCACAGACUGUACACCUCCCACAGACCAGGAUAUGAUGUACAGGCAGUUUGUCUGCAGCAAGUACAUGUGAAUAUAGUGUAAUUAGACUGUACACCUUCCACAGACCAGGAUAUGAUGUACAGGCAGUAUGUCUGCAGCAAGUACAUGUGAAUAUAGGGUAAUCACAGACUGUACACCUCCCACAGACCAGGAUAUGAUGUUGUACAGACAGCGUGUAAGCAUCAAGUAGAUGUACAUGUGAAAAAAGGGUAGAAUCACUACAGAGCUUGAUAUGAAAAUGAAUUGGCAUCGCGAAUGAAAAUAGAGUGGAAUCAUGGAGAUAGGAGUUUGUGCUAAAUAUGGUGAGAUUUUGGCCAGUUCCCAUGCUAUGGUGGGAGUGAUGCUUGGUCAACAUCAUAAUAUUAUAAUGUUUUGAAGACUUCUUGAUUUUUGUAAGUAUGUGUACAGUUAGACUGAAAUGCAGAAGUUUGGCCUGUAUCAUAGUGUAAUUUAUAUGAUAAUUUGAGAAUGUACAUACAAAGAAGGGCAGGAAUGAACAAAAGACUGCACAGCUGGGACCUGAAUUAUUGUACUGUAUUUUGGAAAAGUUCCCAAUUGUAUUCAAAAGAGAAAUUGUUAAAAUUUAUAUAGGAAGCUAUGCGAAGGUAAGCUCUGGCCAAGGAAAGUGACAAAUGACCAUUCCUGAGCAGAAGUCACAUUCGUCCAGUCAUGACAUUUUAUUCAUUACUCUCCUUGUUUUUGUUUGAAUACAAUAUUCGGAAAUAUUCCUGUUUUGGACAUAUCAAAGCAUGUGCUUUGUUGUGAUGUGCAAUAAUUCCAUAGUAAAUGUCCAAUACAUUGAGUUUGAAAAAAAAAUUAUUAUGGUGUGAGAAACAGACUGUAUGGCCUGAAUGUGUGGCCUAAAUUGGGGUACUUAUACAGAGUUUCCAACAUGAACAACUUUCUCCCAAGUUUUGCCCAGGAGAAUUGCUCAUUGCAUCCUGAGACAAGGUUGUUAUAGACCUCAGUUGAUAAUGUUUUGCAAUCAGUUUGAUGACCGGAACUUCCAUUUCGUUUGGGGUUUGACACAGGUCUCGAACAUUUCAUUUAUACAACAGACUCCAGGGUUAUGGCUGGGGGAAGGUAAACAUAACCCAAUACCUACUUUGCUUCACUGAGAUCUGCCCUCAACUUCAAUGGAGGGCAGAUCUUUGUUGUUUUUUGUAAGCUGAAUAAACAGAUAUUUUGUAACUCUGUAAAGGUGUACUCUUCUGUUAUGAAGAUUGUGACAGAAUAAAAAGGAUUUGUACAGAUAGCUGAUUAUAUUGUUCUGUU